CCAGUAGCUUCCGGCAGCAGGCAGAAACACAGACCUGCAGAGAGAAAGGAAGGAGAGGGAGAGAGGGACAGAGGGACAGAUGAAGUCGUAAAGGAACAGAGGGCAGGAAGACAGAAGCACACGGGACGUCAGGUCUGCUCCAGUAACGUCCUCCUCACUGCCAUCCGCCAGUCCCAUGGAGAUAAUAUUUGGCAGGAAUAAGAAAGAGCAGCUGGAGCCAGUGUCGGCCAGAGUGACAGGCAAGAUUCCAGCAUGGCUGCAGGGGACCCUGCUUCGAAAUGGGCCUGGGAUGCACACGGUUGGGGAGAGCAAGUACAACCAUUGGUUUGAUGGCCUGGCCCUUCUCCACAGUUUCUCCAUCAGAGAUGGGGAGGUCUUCUACAGGAGCAAAUACUUGCAGAGCGAUACCUACAGCGCCAACAUCGAGGCCAACAAAAUCGUGGUGUCUGAGUUUGGAACAAUGGCCUACCCAGACCCCUGCAAAAACAUCUUUUCCAAAGCUUUCUCCUACCUGUCCCACACCAUCCCCGAUUUCACAGACAACUGCCUGAUCAACAUCAUGAAGUGCGGAGAUGACUUCUAUGCCACCACAGAGACCAACUACAUCAGGAAGAUUAACCCCCAGACUCUAGAGACCCUGGAGAAGGUUGAUUACCGGAAGUAUGUGGCUGUCAACCUGGCGACCGCACACCCUCAUUAUGAUGCAGCUGGAAACGUCCUUAACAUGGGCACGUCCAUCGUGGACAACGGGAGGACAAAAUAUGUCAUGUUUAAGAUCCCUGCCACAGUGCCAGGCACCGAGAAGAAAGGGAAGAGCCCCUUGAAGCACACGGAAGUGUUCUGCUCCAUCCCCUCCCGCUCACUCCUCUCCCCCAGCUACUACCACAGCUUCGGAGUCACAGAGAACUAUGUCAUCUUCCUGGAGCAGCCUUUCAAGCUGGAUAUCCUCAAAAUGGCCACCGCAUACAUGCGGGGAGUGAGCUGGGCUUCCUGCAUGUCGUUCCACAGGGAGGACAAGACUUACAUUCAUAUCAUCGACCAGAGGACCAGGAAGCCUGUGCCAACCAAGUUCUUCACGGACCCCAUGGUGGUCUUCCACCAUGUCAACGCCUAUGAGGAGGAUGGCUGUGUUGUGUUUGACGUUAUCGCCUAUGAAGACAGCAGCCUCUAUCAGCUCUUCUACCUGGCCAACCUGAACCGGAACUUCGAGGAGAAUUCCAGGAUGACGUCAGUGCCCACCCUCAAGAGGUUUGCUGUACCGCUCCAUGUGGACAAGAAUGCAGAAGUGGGCUCAAAUUUAAUCAAGGCGACAUCUACAAGAGCAACAGCCUUGAAGGAGAAAGAAGGUCAUGUCUACUGCCAGCCUGAAGUUCUCUAUGAAGGCCUAGAACUCCCUCGGAUAAAUUAUGCUCACAACGGGAAGCCCUAUCGCUACAUCUUUGCUGCUGAAGUUCAGUGGAGUCCCAUUCCGACCAAGAUACUAAAAUACGAUGUUCUGACAAAGUCCUCCUUAAAGUGGGGUGAGGAGUGCUGCUGGCCAGCGGAACCCGUGUUUGUACCCACGCCAGGAGCCAAGGAUGAGGAUGAUGGACUGAGCUACCAUUCAGAAAACCCAUACAUCAGAGGCCGAUCACAGACUAAUGCAUGAAAACAAGGCUUUCUCAAGCGGAGUGCGGAUGAAGUACCAGCUCUGGAGGUCUGUCUGAUUGCUUUCUGAAAAUAGUUGGAUUGGUUGAAGUGUUUAAAGGUAAAUCAGAAGGAGGCGGGCUGGAGAGAUUGCUCAGUGGUGAAGAACACGGGCUACUCUUGCAGAGGAUGCAAGUUUGAUUCCCAGCAUCCAUACUGGAUGGCUCACAACCAACUGUAACUCCAGGUCCAGGGGAUCCAACGCCUCUGGUCUCCACGGGCAUCUGUGCUCAUGUGCACACAGCCACACAGAGACACGCAUAAUUAUAAAUAAUAAAAGUGGGGUAUGGUGGCACACGCCGUUAGUCUCAGCGCUCGGGAGGCAGAGACAGGGGGAUCUUUAUGAAUCCAAGGCUGGCCUGUGAAACAUAAACAAAUGCAUGCAGCAUGAGAUAAGGGAGACAGAACAGGGUAUUUAAAGAUCUAGUAUGGAAGGCAAGACCACGUGAUGAAGUUAGGAGAUAAAUAAAGUUCACCUAACUCUCAGAAUUAGGGUCAAAGAAAAACAAAAGGGGAGAUGAAUAUCAACUCAGCCCUGAAGACAGUGCUGGCUCUACAGGAGGAGAAACUCGAUGUUACUUAAAGGUCAACUACAGGUUGAUAAUUCCCAAGCUGAGCAAGAUCCCACCAAAACCAAAGGCAAUGGUGGUAGGAGAAAUGGUGACAAUAAGAGGAACAAUACAGCACGCGUGGAGUGCCUACCGAGUGCCAGACCCUGGUGCUGGCCUUGGCCAGCGCCAUCUCAUUGUGCCCUCCCCAUCGCCAGGUGAGGAAGUGCUUUGGCUACCCCAGGUUUAGAGAAACAGUGCUGUGUCUCUGACUGCUCUGGGAAUUCUAGACUUAACUAUUUUAACCAGAGCAGCUGAGACCAGGAGCCACCAAGCUCCGGUCAAUUGACAUUCCCUUCAUGGACGCCACGGGAGGGCUGUGUCUCACCUGAGGUUCAGCCACUUCCUGCUGGGCUCCCUUCCCAGCUGUGGGCACUUCUGCCCCAGAUGCCUGUGGUUUCAUGAGAUACUGUAGAGAGUCUGAGAAGUUCAUUGAAGUGAGGGAGGUGUGGAUGGAGAGGAAGCAGGUCAUUUAUGCAGCUUUAGGGAAAUCACAACUACAUUCAGGUAAGACUUUGGGGGUCACACAUGUCCCUGUACGUAACCUAUCCCUCACACUCUGUAAGUAACCCCAAUAAAUUCAUCCUGCUCUGAUGGAAUAGUUACUUUGUUCAGUCAUUGGUGCCCUAUAGGGGGAGAGGGCAUCUGUCAGGGUCUCCUUUGGAAGAGUUAAGACAAUACUAUGUAAACUUCCCCAGCCUCCAAGGCUGAGACCCAGAGGAAGUACAAUGGGUAAGGAGGAUUCAAAUGAGUUCAGAUGAUUAGAUAUGUCCAAAGUGCAAUGAAUUAUUUAUACCAUGUAAAUAUUACCAGAUAAACCAGCUUACCAGACACCCCACAGCC